GGAACUGAAUUGGCUGCUGAUGGUUACCGUUACAAAACAGUUCGCCGUUUGAAAUACCGCAAGCGCCGUGAUGUUGAUGAAGUCCCGCAAAACGAAUACCUCCCACCUACUGAAGAUGCUCAAGAAUCCGUUCUUGCCAAGGUUGCUGAACCUGCUGAACCGGUUGAGUCUGCUGCUGAAGAAGGAACUGAAUUGGCUGCUGAAGGUUACCGUUACAAAACAGUCCGUCGUUUGAAAUACCGCAAACGCCGUGACGUUGAUGAAGUUCCACAAAACGAAUACCUCCCACCUACUGAAGAUGUUCAAGAAU